UGGAGGGAGGAGGAGGAAGAGGAGGGCUGAUGUGUGCUGAUCAGCAGCAGGUCUGAUGAUGAUGAUGGUGAUGAUGAUGAUGAUGCUAUGAGUCAGAGAGCGGAGGGUUCAGGAUGCUCACAGACGCACCAGAGUAGAGAAACCCCGCACACAGAGAGACUGAGGACCCGCCUGAGGAGACACGCAUAAAGUCAGCUAUCGAGAGCAGCAGGCGGACUCCAACUCCCAGAAUGCCAGAGCAGAGUAACGACUACCGUGUGGUGGUGUUCGGAGCCGGUGGGGUGGGGAAGAGCUCGCUGGUCCUUCGGUUUGUCAAAGGCACCUUCAGAGACACCUACAUCCCCACUGUGGAGGACACAUACAGACAGGUGAUCAGCUGUGAUAAGAGCGUCUGCACGCUGCAGAUCACCGACACAACAGGAAGUCACCAGUUUCCCGCCAUGCAGCGACUUUCCAUCUCUAAAGGCCACGCCUUCAUCCUGGUCUUCUCCAUCACCAGCCGCCAAUCACUGGAGGAGCUGAAACCCAUUUACCAACAGGUCCUGGCCAUCAAAGGUACAGUUGAGUCCAUUCCCAUCAUGCUUGUGGGCAACAAAAGUGACGAGACGGCCCAGCGCGAGGUGGAUACGAAGGUGGCUGAGGCUCAGGCCACCGCCUGGAAGUGUGCCUUCAUGGAGACGUCGGCCAAGACGAACUCCAACGUGAAGGAGCUGUUCCAGGAGCUGCUGUCCCUGGAGAAGAAGAGGGACAUGAGCCUGAGCAUCGAUGGCAAGCGCUCAGGAAAACAGAAACGAGCCGACAAGUUGAAGGGGAAGUGCAGCAUCAUGUAGAGCGAGUGGUGGACUCGCUGUAGAGAUGUGGAAACAGCAGAGGAGGCAGGAGGGGAAGUCUGCUGAUGAACUCCCAUAGAGACUCCCCCUCCCAUCUGUCCCCUGCUCUGCAUCGUGGAGGAUAGGUCUUCUUCUUUAGUGGCUCUCCUCCUCCAUCUGUCUGAACACUGAAGCCCAGAGGAACAAAAUGGUGAGGCCGACUGAUAAAGGAAACUUUAUUUAUAACAGGGCCUCUGGGAUUCUCCUGGGCCUGAACUGGAUUGUGUUUGUGGCUGAAAAAUACUUUAACAAAACAUAUACAGACCCAUCUAAGUUCUACCACCAUUACACUAAUAUUAGAAUGAAGGAAUACUCCACUGAUCUUAUUCUGAAUCUUGACCCAACCCAUGAAUGAAACUCAUAUUUAUAGAAGCAAAAUAUAGAAACGUUUAAACUUUAUUUAUCCCUGUGGGAAAUUGUUGUGCAGCAGUUGAAGUACAAAGUUUUAUGAUUAAAAGAUGUUGACAGAAACAGUAAACCAGAGACCCGAGCUUUACGUAAACAAAAUGGCCCAAAGCCCAUCUGAAACUUGACUUAUUUGUGAGCAGGCAGCUUCAGGUUGGGCAGAUCUUUAAGUGCAAACAGGUUACAUUUCAGAAACAAUGGUUCCCAGAUUUCAGACAGAGGUUGACAAAAGCAACUGUCGUUACUCUGCUGUGCCAUAGUCACAGCUGCUUGAUUAGCAGCUAUGAUUGGACAAUCAUGGUCACUUUGCUAACAAGUGCACUUUAGCUUCACCCACCGUCCUCACAUGUAAGUAAAUAAGACAAGUGACAUUUCCAUACUGAUUCCCUUCUUGGUGGUUGUGAUCACAAUCAACAGGAUAUUUCUCGCUCUGAGUCGGUUCUGCUUCCUGCUCCUCAUUAGAGGAAUGCCUACAUAUAAGAUAAAGGUCCUAACCCUCCACAUAAACACGGUACAGGUGGUCUGAUGAGCUGGCGGACUACAGAGGAAACAUCAGACACUCUUAAAACAUCAGGAAACUCCAAAAGGCUUCAAUGAUAUCCACAAGCACAAGCCGGCCUUUCACUCUGUUUUCAUCUCUUUGAGACUCAGUGGACGCAACAUCCGUUAGCAUAAACAAGUAGUUGCUGAUGGAGCAGCAGUGGAAGCAUGCAGCCGUACAAACUGUAUAUAUCUUUUAAAGGAGCAGUGCAACAUUUUGGGAAUCGUCUCCAGAGUCAGAUGUUUGAGAUGGAUAUCAGUUUCAUCUGUGUGUCCAGGACAGAGACGUAAUUAGCCUAGCUUAGCAUAAAGCUGGAAGCAGGGGGAAACUGCUAGCGCAGCUCCAUCAAAAUGGUCAGAUUUACAUGUUGGGUACAACACACCACAAUCUCCAACAUUACUCUACGCAGGUUGAGGUGCACUGUGGGUAAUGUAGGCGCCAGAUUUGACAAGUAAAAUGAUUGUGUGGAAUAAAAAAAGACUGAUCCAUUUUUAUUUUUAACUCUCCGUCCAUGAGUCUGGCAAUGCUACAGGAGGGACAUGGUUUCAAAAUAGCAGCGUUUGGUAGGCCAGUGAAGAGGUCCAUGUUUUUGAGCACUUUACAGACUUGUUUGGCUUCAUGAUCCUGAUUAACUGCUAAACAAAAACUAUUGCUCUUAUCAGCUGUAUAAAAAUAUGCUUCAUCUGUUGCUAGAACACAAAGCUUUCUCUUUCAUGUAAAUCUGACAGACUUGGAGGGGUUGGAAGGUGUGUUCCUCCUCUUCCGAUGCAGCUCGGCUAGUUCAGAGUUUCUACCAGAAAAUUGGUUGUGUUGACUGGUUAGAACUGUCCCUCUUUGCUGAAGUAGUGCCACUGCUGGUUUCCCUUUAGAUAAGUAAGAUUAUUAUAUUUCUAAUUGUUAGAUUGUUUAUUUACCUACCAGGAAAGAGAACUGUACCUUGUGUGAGCAGCCGCUGUAUAUUUGAAAUGCCUUUCCUACCACAUUACUUGACAGUUUGAUAUAUUCUCCGAACAUAAGUGAGCUUAAAACUUUACGAAGCACAAACACAACAAACUAGAGCAAGCACACGUUCAUCCUGCAGAAAAUCAUUAUUUACAUGUCAGUGAGUCCAUGCUGAUCACAUUUUAUGCACUUUUGAAAAAUGCUCGAUGUGUUUCUUUUCACUGUAAAAAUCUUAAUGACAUGUUUUGUGUCUGAAACGUCACCACAUCCUCCCUGUUGCAUCACUCCUGCUUUAGCAAUAUUCAAGAAAGAGCACUGGGGCUGCAGGAGGGAAAUAAAUAACUUUAAGUCCCAGUUUAUAAAUUCUAACAUUACCCUGUUUAUGUCAUUUUCAUGAAUAACAGCAGCAGUAGUGCAAUGCAGUUAAUGUGCCAUGAAGAAGGAGGUCGGGUUGACAGAUCAGCUGUUAGUUUCUUAUUUCCUUCACAAACAUCAACGUUGGUUUUAAUCAUGAGCUCCAUCUUGCCAUAUCCACAAGCAAGGUUUGUUUUGUUCCAAAAUGUAAUUGUAAAUAUUUCUUUUGUUACAGUCAUAUAUGCUUUCAUGUCAUUUUGAUAACAGAUUUGUGCUUUAAAAUGACUAAUGUUUGUCCUUUAGUAUCAUUUCUUAGAAAGUUUAUAAUUAUAGGAACUAUAUAAGAACUUUGUUAGUCGAGUUUGAAAGCGAUUGUUGCUUCAUUUCUAAUAGUGACAAUGCUCUUUAUUCAAAACAAAGUUACAACAUGCUUUACAAUAAAACUAAUAAUAAAACGGAGAUAAAAUCCAAAAUAUAAAACAAGAUAAACCACUACAGCAGAUACCAUCAGUUGAGAAAAGUGAGUUUAAAUCAGGUAACCAGGUAAGGGAAGCGAGGCUUUAGUCACUUCUCUUAACAGUUAAUAGUGUUUUAAUUAUCUUGAAUCAAGUGCUUUGCAAGUCUGGAGGAGAGCUCAGACAAACAUGCAGAGUAGAAACUAUGGUCAAAAACAGUCCAACAGAUCAAACAAAUACACCAGGACUAGUCUUUCAUUUCAUUUGAUAAUUAGCAAUUUGUGACUUGUUGGUGGCAACAUGUUCACAGCUGCCCAGCUCAUGACAUGAACUCAUUAACAGUGGUGGAUGGAAACAAGCAUUCAUUCUUUGGUUAUUUUAUGUAAAGCAGAUAAACAUUUGCUGUGAAUUUGAAUGAAACUUGACAAUUGACACUCUGGCACAGAACUACAGCUACUGGGCUGGUACAUUACGCAGGGGUGCUGAAUAAGUCUCAGGUGUCAGGAUCACAUUUUUAAAUUAACUUCAGUAAAAGAAAUUGCAAACGUAAUCUCUCUACAUUGCAGUCUAAAAUGUGUUUGCUGACACAAGCGAUGUAACACUAAAUAUGUUGCAUUUAUUUUAUAUAUGUAAUUAUUUUUUUUUGCCUACAAACAAAUAACAUUGGAGGAUAUUUAAUCUACAGAAACAUCAGAAUCAUAAAUGUUACGUGUGGGUGAUCAAAGGGUCACUCCCCAGCAGAGUAACAUGGCUGAAGGUUGCUUGUAUUUUCUUCCCUCCUCAGAUUUUUCUGGCAGCACUGUGGUUGAGCCUGCAGUCCCAGUGACGCUCUGUGUUCUGUGGCUUCACAUUUGUUUUGAGGGUAAAUGGAAACUUUUCUCAUGUGAAGAAAGUAACUGAAUAAAAAUAGCGCUGUUGUACAGAAAA